AUGGCGGAGAAGGAGGAUGAGAAGUAUGAGGUACUGGAGAAGAUUGGACAAGGAUCCUUCGGCAUCAUACGCAAAGUACGCGCGAGGGCGAACGGGCAGAUCUUAUGUCGCAAGGAGAUAUCCUACUCGCGCAUGUCCGACAAAGAGCGCAACCAACUGCACGCCGAGCUCAAGAUCCUGGAAUCCCUACGACAUACCAACAUCGUUCAAUACUACCACCGCGAACACCUCAAGACCAGCCAUGACCUGCAUCUGUAUAUGGAGUAUUGCGGGAAUGGGGAUUUGGGAGGCUACGUCAAGAACUUGAAGACGAGGAAUCAGUAUGCGGAUGAGGAGUUUGUGUGGGCGAUAUUCGCGCAGCUGGUCAGCGCACUGUACCGCUGUCACUAUGGAGAGGACCCGCCGAUGGUUGGUGAAGAAGGCAAGACGGCGGCAUAUCAGACGAAGGAGGGUUAUCGCAUGAUCUUGCAUCGUGAUCUGAAGCCCGAGAAUGUAUUUCUCGGUGAGAACAACUCAGUCAAGCUGGGCGACUUUGGCCUUUCCAAGAUCAUCGCCUCCCACGACUUCGCUUCCACAUACGUCGGCACACCCUUUUACAUGUCGCCCGAGAUUUGCCAAGCAGAGCGUUACAGCCACCACUCCGACAUCUGGAGCUUGGGGUGCAUCAUCUACGAGCUCGCCACGCGAUGCGUCCCAUUCGAUGCGAAGAACCACGUCGAUCUCAUCCUCAAGAUUCGCAGUGGCAGGACAAAGCCGCUUCCUCCACAGUACAGCCGCGAGCUGGGCGACGUGAUUUCAUGGUGUCUCAAGACGAACCCACUGUCGCGGCCGGACACAGCGCAGUUGCUGAACAUCGCGAACAUCAAGCUUGCCCGGACGCGAUUGAAAUUCGAAAAGGAUCACGAUGCGCGACAACAGUUGGCACAGGCGCACAAGCAGAUCCAGGAGUUGCAGGCAGAGGUACGGAAGCUGAGGGAUCGCGAGAAGCAUCUGGAGAUGGAGUGGCACACGCGCGCGACUCUGGCCAUCGAUCAGCGCGUGCACGAGCAAGUCGAGGCGAAGAAGGCAGAGUUGCUGAAGCAGUUCGAUGCCACUGUCGAGAAGCGGGCAGAAGACAAGUUGAGCCUUCACCUGGCAUCCCUCCCAGCAAGCCACGGGCUCCAGCAAAAUGGCGACAGCACGCACGUGAGGUCCAGUACGCCUCCGCCGGGCAAGGCCGCCAGCUUUGCAACGACUGCCACGAACACGAAUGAGACGGACAUGUCAUCGAUCGUUGAGGGUCUUGAAGAUUCUGCUCUAGACACAGAUCUUACGAGCUUGUCGAUUCAGGAUGAGCAAAUCGAUGAGACUUCGCCACUUGCAGCACGCACGAAGCAGCCGCCAAAGAGGGUACCACGGGCGACAUUCGGCCGCGCUCAAACAUACGCCAACUGCAACCAAAAAGGCAUCAACACCGAAUCGCCGAUGGAUGUGCACAUGGCCGGAGCGUCGCCCAUGCCUCAGCCUCAAGCUGCGCCGAUGAGCAUCAAGGGGUUGAGUCUGUCGCCUCGAAAGAACGGUCAGGAUCGUCUGUCUGGUGGUGCAGCACUGCGUCGCAACAUCUUCAAGGAAGGCAACCUGCGUCCACACGUUCAGGGUGAGGCUCAAUCAGGCGCGAAAGGACAAGGAUCGUUCGCGGACGACUAUGACUCCGACGGCCUCGACGACGAUCCCGACCUCCUCCCACCGAUCGAUGACUCCCCAAGCCGCCCAUCGUCUGGCCUAUCCAACCAUGCAGCUGGCGGCGACCCCUUCAAAGCCUUCGGCGCCCGACCCCAGCUCAAGCCUAUGUCCCGUCCUAGCCUGACGCGACAGCAGACUAUGCCAGUCAACAUGCAACAGCGCGCCGCCGCCCCGCGUCACAACCCCUUCGGCGGCCGUCCCAAGAGCCCCGACAAAGAAAACCGCCCCCCUUCCUCCCAUACCCGAACCAACUCCGCCGUCCCGGUCGUCAGCGCCUCACCAAAGCGCACUGCGCCCAAAGACCCCAAAGCACUCACACCCUCCCGCAAAGCCCCGCCCCCACCCGCAGCACCCAGCGGUCUCAUGACCAAGCAAGGCAACCUCGUCAAAGCGGCGCACAAGAACAACAUGCAGCUCUCGCCGACCAAGGGGCGCACGCUGGUGGAACUGCAGCAAGCGCGCUCGACACCCAACUUGCUUCCGCACGACUUUGACGCUUUUGAUGAUGAUGAGAUGGCAGAUGGGGGUGUGAUGGGGAACAGGCCGGAUUUGCCGCCGAGUCCGGCGAAGUGGGAUCCGAUGGCUGUGGAUUGUCCGAGUCCGUUUUUGGCGAAGAAGGGCAGGGCGAUGGUUAGGUGA